GCUGUCCCUACUUGCUGCCGGCUCAGGCUGCCGAGGCGCCCGGGUCCGCCGGUUCAUGUUUGUCUGCCGUUUCUUGGCAAAAAUGGCAACCAAUGAUGCUGUUCUGAAGAGACUGGAACAGAAAGGUGCAGAGGCAGAUCAAAUUAUUGAAUAUCUUAAACAGCAAGUUGCUCUUCUUAAAGAAAAAGCAAUUUUGCAGACAACUUUGAGAGAAGAGAAGAAACUUCGAGUUGAAAAUGCUAAAUUGAAGAAAGAAAUUGAAGAAUUGAAGCAAGAGCUAAUUCAAGCAGAAAUUAAAAAUGGCGUGAAACAAAUACCAUUUCCAUCUGAUACUCCACUGCAAGUUAAUUCCACAGUUUCUGAAAAUGUAAUACAAUUUAUACCAAUCACACCUGUAUCUUCUGGUGCCAAAGAACAGAUAGAAGGAGGAAGAGGAGAAGAAAAGAAGGGGAAAGAGAAACUUGAAAAGAAAGGAGAGAAAAAGGAAAAAAAACAACAAUCAGUAGCAGGAAGUGCUGACUCUAAGCCAAUAGAUGUUUCCCGUCUAGAUCUUCGAAUUGGUUGUAUCAUCACUGCUAAAAAACAUCCUGAUGCAGAUUCUUUGUAUGUAGAAGAAGUAGAUGUUGGAGAAGCAGUCCCAAGAACAGUUGUCAGUGGCCUGGUGAAUCAUGUUCCUCUUGAUCAGAUGCAAAAUCGGAUGGUGAUUUUACUUUGUAACCUAAAACCUGCAAAGAUGAGGGGAAUACUAUCUCAAGCAAUGGUGAUGUGUGCUAGUUCACCAGAGAAAGUUGAAAUCUUGGCACCUCCUACUGGGUCUGUUCCUGGAGACAGAGUUACUUUUGAUGCUUUUCCUGGAGAGCCUGACAAGGAGUUGAAUCCUAAGAAGAAGAUUUGGGAGCAGAUCCAGCCUGAUCUUUACACCAAUGCUGAGUGUGUGGCCACAUACAGAGGAGCUCCCUUUGAAGUGAAAGGGAAGGGGGUGUGUCGGGCGCAAACUAUGACCAACAGCGGAAUAAAAUAAAAUUAAGUUAAAAUGCUUCAUUUACUGAAAAUCAUUGGAAAAAAAACUUUAAUAACAAUAAAAAAAUACAUUUAUCACUUAUGCCUAAAAUAUAACUGACUCAUUUUUGUGUUAUUUCUCUUCUAGACUAGAAUAUUACCUAGUAUAUAUUGUUUUCAAUUGAUUGGAGAAACACUAUUUUUACCUAUAAUUUUUGAUCCUUUAUAAUGUAGGGAGGAAAUGCCCCAUGUUUUGUGGUAAUUUAUUUUUUUAGCAGGGAUGUAGGUUAGCAGAUUGUCUUUUCCUGGUGCAUUUUUAGAUAACUUGAACUAGAUUAAUGUUUACUUUCUUAUUUAUAGGCACGUGAUACAUGAAAUUUCAAGCCCUUUGGUUUUUAGUAUAUUGUGUAUCUAUGUUAUAAAUAUCCUCUCUUCUUCAAAUGACAAAUCAGAAUGUGUGUAAAGUUUUAUUGUACUAGUCAUACUGUAAUAAUAUUGGAAAUGAACAACUUGAUUCUAGAGAGCCAAACAUCAUAAAAGCUAAGAGACAAGGCAUUUGAACAUUAUUGCUAUUCCUUGCCAAAGUAACCCAAACUUGUAUAUUUAAGGCAAUUUUUUAAAAAGACUGAAAUUUCCAACUGUAUGUUGAGCUUUUCUUUCCAUUGAGCAAAAUAAUUAGUAGUAAAAUUUGAUUAUGAAGCAUAAACACAUUGCAAAGUGUUGCCAAUGUAGUUUUCCAAUAUAUUGACCGUAAAAGCAGCAGUCUAUUUUUUUACUCCAGCUGACUUUAAAGAUUCGUUGGAUACCAAAUAAAACAUUAUUUAUGGCUUAUUAUCUUUAUAAGACCAUUUAAUAUUGAUAUAUUUUUUUUCAUGAACCAUCAUACUGUCCAAAUAUUAAAAGAUAUGGCAGCCAAAAAACUUAAUAUACAUUAGGGUGUCAAAAGCCUAUUUUCACACACUUUGUAGAUAUUCAAGGAACAAUGAGAACUCAAGAAUUACUAGCUUCAAGUUUAUUAGCCUUGAGAUGAUGACUGGUGAUUUGUGCUGCCAAAACAAAUGCAUCUGUGGAAGAAGGAGUAUAGCUAUUAUUUGAAAGAAAGUCUCACACUCAAAAUUCUAGCACUAGCAAUUUAUGCCUCCAUUAAGGAGAAGCAAAACAAAAAAUUGUACAACGCUACAUGCUGAGUUAUGAAAAGUAUGAGUAAAGUUCAUUUAUUUAAUUAAGUCCAUGGAGUUCUGGUAGACCAGGAUACAAUACUGUAAUAGAAUUUGAUAUUUUUUCUGAAAAACUGAAUAGUAACAGCAUCAUUAACAUAUGUUGAUAACUAAACACAAAUGAGUUUUCAAAGUUAUGUACUCAAGAUCUAUUAUUUU